AUGAGCGUCGGCUCCGCCGCGGCGCUCGUCGCCGGCACGACCGUCGGCGCCGGCGUGCUCGCGCUGCCGGCGGCGACGCGCGGCGCGGGCUUCGUCGCGUCGAGCGGCGUGCUCGUCGCGUCGUGGGCGUUCAUGGCCGUCGCCGCGCUCCUCGUCGCGGAGACGUCCGUCGGCGUCGUCUGCGCGACGGGCCGCGUCGACCUGGGCUUCCUGGCGACGGUGCGGUCGCUCUGCGGGCCGCGCGUCGGGUCCGUGGCGGGCGCGGCCUACGCGUUCAUCCACUACGCGCUCUUGGUCGCGUACGCGGCGCAGGGCGGCGCGCUGCUGGCGGGCGCCGUCGGCGCGGACCCGGCCCUCGGCGCCGUGGCCUUCUCCGGCGUGCUGGGGGGGACCGUGGCCUUCGGGUCCGGCGACGUCGUCGACGCGGUCAACAACGCGUUCGUCGUCGUCGUCGUCGCGUCCUUUUCGGCGCUCCUGUGCCUCGGCUCGGGCGAGUUCGACGCGGGCCGGCUCCUCGCGACGUCCGGCGACGCGGGUGCGGCCUUCGGCGCCGUGCCCAUCUCCAUCCUCGCGCUCGUGUACCACAACGUCGUGCCGCUCGUCGCGACGCGGCUCAAAGGCGACCGGCCGAAGAUCGCGGCCGCGAUCCUCGCCGGCUCGGCCGUGCCCCUGGUCAUGUUCCUCCUCUGGAACGGCCUCAUCCUGGGCUCCGUGGACGGCGACGCCGUCGCCGCGGCGGGCGGCGACCCCGUCGCCGCGCUCGUCGCCGCGGAGGGCGGCGCGGCCGCGCCCGCGCUCGGGCCUACGGUCGCGCUCUUCAGCCUCUCGGCCGUCGUCACGUCCUUCGUCGGCUUCUAUUUCGGGCUGCGCACCUACCUGCGGGACCUCUUCCUCGGCGACGGCGGCGGCGGCCCGCUCGCGGACGCCGCGGAGAGCGAGGUCCUGCUCGCGGCGCUCGUCCUCGCGCCGCCGACGCUCGUCGCCUGCGUCGACCCGAAGAUCUUCCUCCCGGCGCUCGACGCCGCGGGCACCUUCGGCAUCACGACGCUCUUCGGCAUCAUCCCGGCCGUCGCGGCCUACCGGCAGCGCGAAGGGGCCGCGGACGGCGAGGUCUACGUCCCCGGCGGCGCCGCGACGCUGGGGGCGAUGGUCGCCAUCUCCGCGGCCGUCCUCGGCGAGGGCGUGCUCGACGGCGUGGGGGUGCUGUAG